GUCAAGCGACAGCUUAAAUCCGCUGCGCACAAAACCGCCGGCAACAGAUCAUAGUGCACUUUUAUGCUGUUGCACAUUGCAGUCGACGGGAGCAGUGCACUAUCUGACGUAAAAAUUUAUUCGGGCUGUUUAUGAUAAUGGAUGCGUAGACGACGAGUUGGUGCACUUUUACUUGGAACCUGGAAAUGUAUUUUGGAUAAAAGCACUUUCCUAUCUUAAGUUUCAUCGGGAUUUCGACCAUUUACUGUGCGAGCUUCCGGUCGGUUUAAUUUGCAAUUUUUAUCUACAAACAACGCCAGCGUCAAACCGGCUCUUUGUAUUAUUAUGUCUAGCCGGCUUAUCGCUGUCGCUGGAUCGUGUUUCAAAUGUCGCACACUGUAGAUGAAAUGAAAUGUAUCGUCGGAUUAUCCGCCGGAUUUGCAGUUGGCAUAAUCAUUUUUUGAUGAUACUGACCAUUUUCUUUUCGUUUCAUCGCAGGAUAGGUGGGCAAUUUAUCGGUUGGACUCAAGUACAUGCUUGUCGGCAGACGGAUGGUCAGCUAACACUGCGCUGCGCUACCGGCCAACGCAUAAUGAUAUUUGGUGCGAAUUAUGGAAAUGCAAGUGGUUAUAAUUGCUCAACCCAUUUCACGCCCGAAAGCAAUCAAUUGCCAAGCGGUACACUAUUAACACCCCGCGACUACUUAUCAUCGUUAAGUGAUGCGGCUAAUUCGUUGCUUAAACGACCCCGGUGUAAUCACGAUGUAUCGGGACUUGUGAAAGAUAUGUGCUCUGGCCGGGAAGUGUGCCUCAUCGAGAUGGAAGAAAGCAUUUUCCGUUCCCCUUGUGAUGGCAAUGAAGUUUUGGAAGUCAAAUUUGCUUGUAUACCAGUUUUAGGAUCGCAGGUGAUUUCUGUUUGCAAUCGGAACUUAACAGCGCCGGAUGGGCAUAUACUGAGUCCUGGAUAUCCGGAAUAUUAUCCAGGCCCUUCAGACUGUUCCUGGCGGAUCUCAACCGAAGUGGGAAAAAAUAUACUGAUAAUGCUCAAUGACCUUUCACUACGACCUCAAAGUGCCAAAGAUAACGCCUGCCAAGAUUAUUUAAUAAUUUACGAAAAUGAUCGACAGCUUGUCAAGACAUGCCAUUCGUAUCCUUUCAAUUUACAAGUGGCCUCAAAUUUUGCAAAAAUAUCGCUUAUUAGUACAUCAAAAGGCUGGACAAGUAAAGGUGUUUGGAUAUUUUACAAAGCGAUUGGCUGUAGUAAUCCUCAGCUUCCAGACUCAGUGGAGCAGCUCUCACGGAAUUACACCAAUAUUGUCCUGAGAUGUCAAGAUGGUUACUUUUUCCGCGAUUUAUUGUAUCCCUUCGAUGAACUGGUUCUGAAUUGCCUGGACGGAAAUAGAUGGGAUCGAUCGGUGCCAGACUGUAGUAACGACUCCGAGUGGAGAAAGGACGCCCUGGCCCGGCUGCACGCUAGACGAGCCGAUAUGCCGAUUCCAUUGCUCAACGGGAUCACCCUAAAAGAAGUUGUUAUCCCAGCUACGGUUGUGGGGGUGCUGCUUCUCAUUCUUAUAGCUGCCUUGGGAAUUUUGUUAAGCGUUAGGCGAUACCGGAGGCGGGGCAUCGUCUAUCAUGAACAGGAAAUCGAGCAUCUGCAUGUGCCGGUGUCGCGUAAAGCGCCGCGCGCCCAGAUUGACAGCGCCAGCGACUUGGCCGGAACUUAUCCGCUGACAGAAAUACGGGAUUAGUUGCCUACUUAAGUCAGUGUAUCCGUAUGUUUUUUCUUCCCGGCUUCCCCUGGAGCGACGACGGCGGGCUGUACGGUGCAUUCCUCGGAUCACGGUCGAUGAUUAUUUGCGCAGGAAAAACACGCAUGCAGCAUGUGUUGUGCGAUGAAUUUAAGGGGACUCGGGUUGUACUCGAGAGGGUAGCGCAUUAAACGUUAGACAAAUUUUUUUUGUUUCGGUCCCUUGUUUUGUUUUCUUGUUGUGAUUUUCUUCCUGUACUGUGGCGCGCAAAUCCCUUCAGCAUUUAUUUCCGGGUUCCUCUAUAUUUUGCUGGACCAUUUUUGUUAAGUUCUGAAUGACAGAUGGCGCUAUAUAUGCGAAUUUCUUUUUGUAGCAUACAAUUAUCAGAAGCAUACCUAGGUUGGUGUAUAGUUGUGUAAAAAAUUGCACUGACACAGUGAUUUUGUUCUUAGAUUUUGUGUAUCCAAAUUUACUAGGAUAGGUGAA